CGAGGGCGAAUUUUGUUUGGUUGGGUGCGCUGUUGUUGCCAAAGCCCCGCCCCUUGCCCCAAUUCACCACCACCACAAUCAUCAUCAUCAUCAUCAUCAUCACCACCACCACCACCGUGUCACCGCCCACAACUGCAAGCACACUGUGACGCGUCGCUUGUUUGCAUUGCUUGUGCAAAACCCAACCCCAUGACAAGGCUUGACCUGAGCUGCGUCACGCUUGGCGCUCUUGACGCGCAAGUGGAGAAGAAGGCCCUCAAGUCCAUCGGCGCAGACUUUUGGAAGCGACUGAAGGAGGAGGGCACGCGAGCAUGGCGCAUCAAGGACGCAACCACGACGCAGCUGCUCCCGGAGCACAAGAUUGGCAUCUUCUUCAGCGCUGAUUGCUACGUGAUCGUCCGUACCCUGAAGAAUGACCGGAAGACCCACGUGUUUGUUUGGGUGGGAGCUGAUGCAACUCAGGAGCAGUAUGCGCUGGCCACGUACUUGGCCUUGCGAGCAAACCAGCGCGAGCCACAGGCUGUUCUGUAUCGGGAGGUCAUGGGCCGCGAGAGCCUGUCGUUCCUGUCCUUCUUCCCCGGCUUCAUGGUGCUCAACGGCCCCGCCGAGAAGUGCUUCAGCACCAAGAAGCCGAAGGCGUACAAGCCGCGGUUUUUCAGGAUCCAGGUGAAAGGACUCGGCCGUGGUAGGCGGUGCGCCAUCACCCGUGAGGUCGAGAUCAGCACGGACAGCCUCAACGUGACAGACUCGUUCCUCAUCGACGAAGGCCUCAACAUUGUGCUCUGGCAUGGUCGCAACACAACGCCCAGAGACAAGAUUCUGGCGCAAGGCGUCACACAGCGGCUGGUCGAUGAGCGAGAAGGCAAACCAAGCCGGGAGUUCCUGGACCAGGGCAUUGAUAACGAGGUCGAGUUCUUCAAGAAGCUGGGCAGCACAUGGCAUGACGUGGAGGUGCCUGCUCCAGACCCGGAACAGGCCAUCCCACAAGGCGUUGCACGUCUCAUGCAAGUGACCCUUGUACCGCAACCAUCGCUUUCAGAGUUGGCGAUUGGAGACCGUGUGCAACAAGGGCUCCUGGAAGGCUUCCUUCAGUCCACACAAAUCUUUCUCCUCGACGAUGGCUAUGGUGUUGCGGUUUGGUUUGGACAGGGCGUUGAUCCUGCGUUGCGAGUGAACGCGUUCAACUGCGCCGUCCACUACAUGCAGGAGAAUGGCCGCACUCUCGACACGCCGAUCCUCAGCGUCAUGCAGCACAACGAACCCAAGCUGUUCUUUGAGUUGUUUCCCACCCAAGGCAAGCCCAAUGCAAAACCCGCCACCUGCUUCGACACGUCCCCAUCUCAUAGGAACACCAGGCAGGGUGACGGCAACGACUUCCAACAGGCCCUGGUCAAGCAGUCUUCCAGGUCGUCCGUGACCUCACCACAGGAGCUGUUUGCCUCCCUGGACAACCGUGGUGUUGGCGAUGCCGACUCUGACGACGAUGGCGAUGGUGAGGGUACGCCGAGUGUAGAGGACCAGCCAGAAACACACAGCGCUGACAACAACGCCAGCAACAGCCAGGGCAGCACGGGGCUUGCGACUGAUCCACAAGACAAGCAGGGGCCAUCAACAGAAACCAACGCACAGCAGGAACAGCCGCUGCAGCCACCAACACCACAGCCAGACCUGUCAGUGCAACAACCACAGCCACUGCCAGUGCAGCAAUCACACCCAGCGCCUGAACCAAGCGAUUUGCCUCCGAUUCCACCCCGCACCUCAAGAACGACGCAGCCAGCACCAGUUCAAACGAGCCAGUCAUCCCUCUACUACCACACCAGCACCCGCAAAGCCGAAGCAGACGCAAUGUUGGCCGGCAAGCCUGACGGCACCUUCUUGCUGCGCCCUCACCCCACAGGCCAUGUGCUCAGUGUCGUGUACAAUGGCGCGCCAACGCACCAUCUCAUUGCUGCCAACAAGCAAUCGGGCAUGUUUGCCGUGAAUGGCACCGACACGGCGCAAUCCACCCUUGAUGGGGUGCUGAGAGUGUUGUCGUCGAAGCAACCGUGGUGGCCCGUUGCCCUCACCAGCGGUAUCCCUAAUGGCACGGCCGCCGUUGCACAGCAAGCGCCCACACAAACGCUCGUGCAACCGCCAAUGCCUUCCACGCCAGCAACUGCAACGUCUCUGGCGGCUGCCAUGCCGUAUUUCCACACAGCCGUGACCAAGGCACAGGCCGAAGCCAAACUUCGUGGCAAGCAAGAUGGCGCCUUCCUCCUGCGACCGUACGGCACCUCUCAAUCGACGGUGGUCUUGAGCGUCGUGUACCAGGGACAACCGACACAUCAUGCACUGCAGUUCACUCCCCAGCAGCACUGGAAGGUCAACCAGAUGCAGACUACCGCAUCAACCAUGAAGGAGCUGGUUGAUUAUCUCCGAACGAAGCGCGACCAAUGGCCCGUGGCACUUUCUGAAGCUGUUGUCGGGUAAUAUGACGCCGUGAGUCACGAGCAACGCCUGCAUCUCGAGCAACUGACAAAGCCAUGUCACGAGCAAGCUGGUCACCUGCAUAGGUCACUUGUCAGAGGUCAACGGGCUUGGUUUUACUGUUUGCUUUUCACCCCAGUCAUUGCCCUUUUCAACACAAGUCCACAACAAGCAAAAUACACCAUCAACAAACAGCAA